AGGUUGAGCAUCUAGGGUAGCGGCGAGAGUGCUCUCGACGCGUCACUGUGCGCAGGCGCUUUGGAGCCGCCGGCGCCGCGCGUGGGUAGGCGCGACGAGGGUGGGAUACAAAGGGUGAGAUGGACUCGGCGGUGGAGGAGUUGAUGCCGCGGCUCCUGCCUGUGGAGGAUUGCGACCUCACGGAAGAUUUUGACCCCACCGUGCCCCCCAGAACGCCCCAGGAGUACUUGAAGCGGGUCCAGAUUGAAGCUGCAAAGUGCCCUGAUGUUGUUGUAGCCCAGAUAGAUCCCAAGAAACUGAAAAAGAAGCAGACUGUGAAUAUUUCACUUUCAGGAUGCCAGCCUGCCCCUGAAGGCUACUCUCCAACUAUGAAGUGGCAACGACAACAAGUGGCCCACUUUUCAGCCAUUCGCCAGAGUGUAAACAAGCACAGGAAUCACUGGAAGUCACAGCAGUUGGACAGCAAUGUAGCAAUACCCAGACCAGAGGAUGAAGAAGGUUGGAAAAAAUUCUGUUUGGGCGAAAAGUUAUAUUUAGACACAACUGUGCAAGAACCAAGCGAUGGAAAUAAUGGAAUUGAUUAUGUACAGAUUGGUUUUCCACCACUGCUGAGCAUUGUUAGCAGAAUGAAUCAGGCAACAGUAACCAGUGUCUUGGAAUAUCUGACAAAUUGGCUUGUAGAGAAGGAAUUUACUCCAGGACUGGGCAGAUGGCUUUAUGCGCUUUUGGCCUGUCUUGAAAAACCAUUGUUACCAGAGGCUCACUCCCUGAUUCGGCAGUUGGCCAGGCGGUGCUCUGAAGUCCGAGUCUUGGAGGAGAACAAGAGUGAAGAAAAAGUGUCCGCUCUGAACUUGUUAAUUUGUUUGGUUGGCAGAUAUUUUGACCAGCAUGACCUAGCUGAUGAGGCAUCUUGAUAAAACUCUGGAGGAAAACUAUACAAGCACAGGAUGGUUGUGGUUGUUAUCAGUGAGGUCCACCAGAAUUAAAGUGUUACGGUCAGAUGAAUCUCAGUGUUCAGUGUGACCCACUGGCUGGCGGGGGAAUUGUGUGAUCUGCAGACAAAGAGUACUUCAGACUUCUUUUAAAAGCAAGAUAGUUGCUGAAUAAGUCAGCUUAGAAGAUGCUGACUUUAACAGGAAAGCAUCAGGGUGCCUGAACACUUCCUUAUGGACCUGUUUGCUUGAUGCAAUGUGUACAUACAGACUGCUAGAUCCUCCUUAUUCGGUUCGUACAUCAUGGAACAAGACACUUUUGUCUCAGUUUAAAAACAGUAGGAUUGAAGUAGGAUAAUGCAAGCUUUAUAGCACUUUUUAUGUUUUACAAUAAAGUUUACAAAAAAUGUUUUGAA